UAACAUUUUGAGUAAGGAAACGCGACGGCUUAAUAUCAGACUCGUUUAUGCUUUAUCACAGGCGAUUCUUCCCAAAAUUGCUACCUUUUCUACAGAUUCUUGUGCACGAGGCAUAACAUCCUAGCUUUAGAGAUGGAGUGGUACGGGUAUCAGGUACACGACUAUGCAAUAUCGCAAAAAAAAAAAAAAAAAGAAAAAAAGAGUAAUCGUGAAUAUAUCCAUGAGAAAAAAAAAAUCAGAUUAGUGUGCUGCUGCAUGUGUAAUUACUACGGCAUCUCAUGUAUGAUGUUGAAACAAGGCUCGGCUUUAUUUUUAGACGGAUGAAUCCCCUGUCCUUUCACAGCAAUUUUAUCCUCCAUC